AUGUUCCGCCUCGUCUCCGUACCAAUCAUUUUUGUGUCCCUGUUCUGUGGGCACGAGACAGUAAGUGCUACCGUAACUGGAACAGCAGUAAGGCUUGAUUGCUUCGCCGAGAUGAAUGAAGUGAGGGCAGCUGCUGGACUCGCUGCGUUUGGGAACGCAACUGCUGAUGGACAAGUGCUGCCGGAACCCUCCCUUCCGACGAAAGCAAUAACAGCUGAAGAUUUGUGGAACGAAAUCUGCCAAAAAAUGACGGGUGGUCAAACUGAAGGCACUCAAGCAAAAAAAUUACAGGGAACGUUCGCUUACUACCCCGACGGAAAAGAUUGCAAGGCGGCAGUGCAGUACUGGAAGGAAGGGUUUUCGCUCUUCAAAAAUGAACUGCCCCCAACGUAUACAGCGUCGAAUACUCCUGAGGUGUACACCGACAGAGCUGUUUCCUUUGUCGCUCUCUACAACCCUCAAUCGAGUCCUCUAGCCAGCUGCUCCCUCGUCACCUGCACAAAAGCAGCUGCACUUGCUUCCCCACGGAUGUUAAAAAGCCACGAUGUGCGCUCAACAAGAAGGCUUCAAGGUGAAGAGGAUCCUACUACUGUCACUUCAGCCGUUAUCUGCUUGACAAACCCUAAGGCACUAACAGAUGGACAAGCGCCUUUCAAGGAAGAGGUGUGGCAGAAGAUUGUUCAAGCUAUAGUUAGUACUCAGAAGGGCAACGGGGUUUCCCCAGUCAGGCCGUCAUUGGCAGUUGGGUUCAUAAUGAUGCUUUUUGCCUACGCGCUUUUUUAA